AUGCCUGUCAUGGACAGAGAAGUCUUGGUGUUAAAAGGAGAAGACAGGAUGAUGCAAGGAUGGAGUGGAAAGCCAGAGUAUGACUUUCUUCGCCCACUUGCUUAUCAGGACACUGAUGUUGUUAUUAUAUGCUUUGACAUCUCGGAACCAACCACCCUCGAUUGCAUCUCACAGAAGUGGUUUCCAGAGAUUCGUAAACACUGUCCGAAGUGCCCGGUGAUUGUGGCUGGAUGCAAGUCCGAUCUACGCAACGACAUCCACGUUAUGACCAGGCUUACGGAGAUGAAGAUGAUUCCAGUGUCACAUGAUAAGGGUAGCACGUUGGCAUCCCAGAUCGGAGCUGUUGCGUAUGUAGAGAGCUCUGCGAGAACCAACACAUCAGGGGUACGUGAGGUCUUCGAGAUGGCCGCCUUAGCGUCGAUCGGCAAACUCAAUCUACAAAAAUCAUACGUGGACUUACCAAAUGAAAGCAAAAGACUUUCUAUUACCGAGUCUCUGAGGUUCAGGAAAAGGGCAGAGGUAAUAACACCAAAAGUGAGAGUGAAAUCGAUGGUGCUGGACAAAGAUCGGAAGUCAUGCUUGGUCAUGUGAUCAGAAAAAAUGGCAGCUUCUCCUUUGAAGAUUGUAAGCAAACUCUCAUCCUGUAUAGAUGCAAGCCUAGUCCAGGACCAGCAGAAUGAGACCUAGAUUUGAAUGCAGUUGUGAUGGAACAACUCUGUCUUGGCAGGACCAAGACUAAUAGGAAUACUUCAGAAGAGAUCUGUGUAAAUAUUGUUAAUGAAUAAUAGUGUUCUAAUGUAGGAGAGUAAGGAAUCCAGAGAUUUUUUUUCAAAUAAAGCACUUCUGCAAUUUCAACUGAGGGUCCUUAAGCCCUGUCACUAAAGUCUGCUCUUAAAGAUGUGUUGACAUAUCUACUCCAUCAGGAAUGGCUGGAUUCAGUGUGGACAGUGGAAGCAUCAGCAUGGUGUAGCGGUUCUGACUCUCGAUUUGUAAUCAAAGGGUUAUGUGUUCGAACCGUACCGCAGCCUAGCGUCCUAUGGCAAGUCCUCAAUCCACACUUUGCCACUCUCCACCCAGGUGUUAAAUGGGUACCUGGUAGGAUGCGAAAGCCUAUAUAGUAAUGUCUAGCAAUUGAGUCUUGGAACUCUUGUUGGAAUGCUCCCCAGGAAGUGGAGAAAGUGCAUACAUUGUGUGUAGGCGUGCCAAGAUCAGAUGACCGGGGUAAUAAUAUAUCUGUAUAGCGCAUAGACGUUGUUCCAAUGUAUUAAGUGCUAUAUUAAAGCAGAAUAUUAUUAGUUUUGUUGUUAUUAUCCAAUUGAAUGGCUGAAGAUUGACAAGUGCUGAUGUUUUAUCAGAUGUUCUGGUCCUAAUAAUCAGGCAAAGAAAUAAAAAUGUGUUUCAUUACAAUGUACAUGUACGUUAUCAUGAUUGCAAAUUUGUGAUCAUUCCUCAUAACCUUUGAUCAUGGUAAUAAAGUUUCUUCUAUAACAUGUAUACAUUAAAGUGUAUUUGCUCUAAACUAUAACAAAAUUGCCAAAUCAAAACUGAAAUCUGAAUGGGAUCAUUCUUGCCAUUUUCUUUGCCAAAAUACAAAUGAUUUUAUAUUGUACUUUCUAAUAUAGAACUUGCUAUCUGGAUGAUAUCUCGAGCGAUUUACAGAGCAAGUACUUCCCCCUUUGUUGGAUGUAUCUUUUAAAUUACUUCAAUUCAGCCUUACCAGUUUGGGCAUUUAAUGAAAGGAGCAAUUAAAUUAAAGGACAUUUCUAAUGGCCCCAAUGAAUAAUUUUGAGUGAUGUCAUCAGUCUCCUCAUUUGCACACCGACAAGGAUGUGAACAUAACCGUUUUGUGAAAUUAAGCGAAACUUUAAAAUGUCAUAACUUUCUUAUUUUACAUCCAAUUUUGAUGAAAUUUUCAGUGUUAUGCUUGUUGGAUUUUUCUCUUCUUAUUUGAAUCAACUUUUUGUUGGGGUGGACUUGUCCUUUAAAUAGUCAGGAGUAAAUUUUGAUGCAGUACCAGUAAAAUUAAUCCCUGGGCCCUUCCUUUACAUUUGAUUUGCGACCUUCAUAGGGUGAUAGGAUGAUCUUAUCCUCCCCAUGGUAUGAUUCCCUUCAUAUGGUAAUGACUAUCAUACCAUUUUCAUAUGGAUUACUAUAGAUAUUGUUUAGUACAAAGUUGUACAAAUUCCAAAAUAUAUAACAUAAAAAAGCAUAGCCCACCAUAGGGACAUUGUAUGAUUGAUACUGGAUCCGAGUCAAAUAUAUUGCUGUACACGCGCGUGACCAAGGAAUUUCCAAACACCUCCUAAACGAGUUUUUCUGUGUGCAAAAUAACCCCCUAAACAAGUUUUUCGCGGGCUUUAUUUACACAUUUUGGCCCCUAAACAAGUUGUCUUCAAAAUAUGACCUCGGGGGAAAAGCUUGGGGGGAAAAACAUACCCUAAACACGUUUGGCUAGUCUUUAAAAAAAGCUUUGGGGGAAAAAAAAACAUACCCUAAAUUCGUUUAACCCCGCGAUUGACCAUUGACCAGUCUUUCAAAACCACCCUUUUUCUUGAAAAUCUGUGUUUUUUACACCCUUAACGAGUCCAUGCGCGGACCGCAUCC